AGCCCGCGGGUUGAAGAAAUCGUACGCAUCGAGCGAGAGGCAAGCGCCGCGUCAAACCAAACAAAGAAAAAGAAAAAGCAAAGCAAAAAAAGUACAUAAAAGCGAAUAACAACAAGAGAGUGCAGAGCAAAUAAAACAGACAGCAAUAGGCAAUUUCUAAUUGACCAGGAUUUCCCCACAACUGUGUUCAACUUAACCAUCAAGCCAAUGACCAAAUGUUGCCACAAAUCGCAGGCAAAUGAGCCCGCAACUACAAGACUCCAAUCCGUUGCCGUUGCUGCUGCUGCUGCUCCUGCUCCAGCGGCUGCUGCAGAGUAGCAGAGUACAGUGCGAGCCCGGUCCCGUGCCAGACUCCGUGCCUCCACCCGCUCCCUGUACCGCUUUUCGAGCAGGGCGUUUUCUGCUUCGGUGUCCGUGUGUGUACCAGUGCUUAAAUAAUCCGCAUAGCCAGCCAGUGCAACUUGAGGUGGCCGUAAAUCACAUUUCAGUAAACUAAAACCUCGAGUGCUGUCGCUUGCGGCUCAUCGCAUAGCGCCUCAAAUUGAAUCUCGUUUCCGGUCCGUACGUCCGCUCCCUCGUUGGCCAAGUCGGUCGUUUGGUCUGUGUAUCGGUCUGUCGGUGUGUCGGUGUAUCGGUGUAUCGGUCGGCCGGACUGUCGGUGUGCCUGGUGUUGCUUCGCUUUUGUCGCCAGACAUUUUUAGCUGCUCAAAAAUUGAUGCCAGCAGCCCCAGCAGCCCCAAGCAGCCCGAAGCAGCCCAAGCAGCCCCAGUGACAGUCGCCUAGGCAGCGCUGUAAUCCAUGCCAACAUUCAAGACUGCUAACUGGAAUUGUUUCAAACGAAAAACAAGAACAACAAAAUAACAUAGUGCUGCCAGCAACAAAAAAAAAAAACGCAAAAACGUAAUCAGGAAUUUAAACAAGCCCACGGGAACAACCCAAGAACAGAAAGCAACCGACAUCAUGUUCAUGGAAUUGUCUUUGGUAACGAGCAACUGACGCAGCAACAGCUAGAGGCAUGUGGCAACAGCAGCUACAGCAGCAGCAGCAACAUUGAGCGGCAGAAGCAGCAGCAGCAACACUCAGCCGGUAGCAGGAGCAACCAGAGCCCAGAGUAGAUACAAGUGAGCAGGUGGCGUGCUGCUAUACAGCAGCACCAUUGCUGCCAUUAAAAUAGACGCCGCAGCGCAACAGCAACGCUGCCGUCGUCACAAUCAACGCCAGCGCCAGCACCAUCCGCACCAUCGCCAUCGCAGACGACGACGGCGCAGCAGCAGCAGCAGCAGCAACAACAGUCACAGCGGAGGCGGCGGCAGCGGAAAGAGCAACGGCAACGGCAGCGGCUAUAGCAGCAAUCAAAGCGGUGGCAACAGCAACACCAGCAGCCUGUUGGCCGUAGUGGGUGUGGCAAGCAGCUGCCCCUUGCUCGCCACUCAGCAGCUCAUCGACGACAGUGGCGGCGGCGGCGACGACGAGGGCGGCGCACCGACAGCGCGGCUGCAACAUUGCGGCGACGAGCAGCAGCAACAACCAGGUCGACGGCGACGCCGGCACCACAACGGCCUGUCAUUUGUAGGCAAUGCAACGCUCUCAGCAGCAACGGGUUGGACCUGGCCUAAGAUGGGUAGCGUGCUAUUCGCAGCUGUAUUCAUAGCAUUACACUUCGCCACCGGCGGCCUGGCCAACCCAGAUGCAAAGCGUCUCUACGACGACCUGCUGAGCAACUACAAUCGCCUCAUCCGACCCGUGGGUAACAACUCGGAUCGCCUCACAGUGAAAAUGGGUCUGAAACUAUCCCAGCUGAUCGAUGUGAACUUGAAGAAUCAAAUUAUGACCACCAAUGUCUGGGUGGAGCAGGAAUGGAACGACUAUAAAUUGAAAUGGAAUCCCGAUGAUUAUGGCGGCGUGGACACACUGCAUGUGCCCUCCGAGCAUAUAUGGCUGCCGGAUAUUGUGCUCUAUAACAACGCCGAUGGCAACUAUGAAGUGACAAUAAUGACAAAAGCAAUUCUGCAUCACACUGGCAAAGUGGUGUGGAAACCGCCGGCCAUUUACAAAUCCUUUUGCGAAAUCGAUGUCGAAUACUUUCCCUUCGACGAGCAGACAUGUUUCAUGAAAUUCGGCUCCUGGACAUACGAUGGUUACAUGGUUGACUUGCGGCACUUGAAGCAAACAGCCGACUCGGAUAACAUCGAAGUGGGCAUAGAUCUGCAGGACUACUAUAUAUCGGUCGAAUGGGAUAUUAUGCGAGUGCCGGCGGUGCGCAACGAAAAGUUCUACAGCUGCUGCGAAGAGCCCUAUCUGGACAUCGUGUUCAAUCUGACGCUGAGGCGGAAGACCCUCUUCUACACAGUGAACCUGAUCAUUCCCUGCGUAGGCAUCUCGUUCCUGUCCGUGCUAGUAUUUUACUUGCCCAGUGACUCCGGCGAGAAGAUCUCACUGUGUAUCAGCAUUCUGCUGUCGCUCACUGUGUUCUUCCUGCUGCUGGCCGAAAUUAUUCCGCCGACCUCGCUGACAGUGCCGCUGCUGGGAAAAUAUCUCCUCUUCACCAUGAUGCUAGUCACGCUCUCCGUUGUGGUCACCAUUGCCGUGCUAAAUGUGAACUUUAGAUCACCUGUUACGCAUCGCAUGGCGCCGUGGGUGCAGCGUGUCUUCAUCCAAAUCCUGCCCAAGCUGCUCUGCAUCGAGCGGCCCAAGAAGGAGGAGCCCGAGGACGAUCAGCCGCCCGAGGUGCUCACCGACGUCUUUCAUCUGCCGCCGGAUGUGGAUAAGUUUGUCAACUACGACACGAAGCGUUUCAGCGGCGACUACGGCAUACCAGCACUACCCGCCUCCCAUCGCUUCGAUUUGGCCGCUGCGGGCGGAAUUAGCGCGCAUUGUUUUGGCGAGCCACCGCUGGCCUCCUCACUGCCACUGCCAGGCGCCGACGAUGAUCUCUUCAGUCCAGCGGGCCUCAACGGGGACCUCAGUCCCGGCUGCUGUCCGGCCGCUGCACAUGCCGCUGCGGCCGCUGCGGCCGCUGCUGCCGCCGAUCUCAGCCCCACGUUCGAGAAGCCCUAUGCCCGGGAGAUGGAGAAGACCAUUGAGGGAUCGCGCUUCAUAGCCCAGCAUGUAAAGAACAAGGAUAAGUUUGAGAGUGUGGAAGAGGAUUGGAAGUACGUUGCCAUGGUAUUGGAUCGUAUGUUUCUUUGGAUUUUCGCAAUCGCUUGCGUGGUCGGAACAGCGCUUAUUAUAUUGCAAGCGCCUAGUCUGUACGACCAGUCGCAGCCGAUUGAUAUACUCUAUUCGAAAAUUGCCAAAAAGAAAUUCGAGCUGCUCAAGAUGGGCAGCGACAACACCUUAUAGCGACCGCUAGGGUUCGCAGCCGGCUGGUGGAAUCUUAUCAUCAGCUCGUUGCGAACCCUGUUCGCCGCUCGCGACGAUGAUCGUGGAUAAUACAUAAUGAGCCAAGCCAUGAGCAUUUCAUCGGCGUUGUACAACACUAACAGCAGCAGCAGGAACAGCAGCAGCAACAGCAGCAGCAGUAGCAAUGACAGUGGCAGUGUCAAUGCCAGUGCUAACAGCGCCAACGGAACCCCAAACGAAACCUCAUGGAGCCCAUUGUAGGAACACCCGAACAGAGCGAAGCGAAGCGAACAUUGCGAAAUGAAUUUAAAACACACACAAUCGAGUAGAGGUAGAGUGCAAGCAGUUUUUGGAGCAGUUGAUCAAAAUAUGUAUGUAAUGUAAUGCAAAGAUGCUGUAGUGUUGAUUAACCGUGACCAGUGCUGGACAGCGACUAAAUGAAGAUCAAGACGCGAGUGACCAGCGCAGCCAAAACGAAGUUUAGUUUGUAAGUUUCUGAAGUGGUACGAGUAGUACUUCGGAGGGAGUCGGAAUGGUACGGGUGUGGUGACCAGUGUUGUAAAAAGCGGAUGGAGUUUUGUAAUUUAUAUUGUAUUUUUGAGCGCCAAAAAGUUCCUUGUUACAUUUUUUAGUUUUAGCGUUUCACACAACACACACAAAACGGAAACGGAAAUCGAAAUCGAAACAACAACAAAAAAAAACUAAAACAUUACCAAACAAAAAAAUAAUAAUGAAAAUGUUUUAAAAUUGCAUUUUAAAUUCAAAUCUGACUGUAUGUGUUCAAUGUGUGCGUGACUGUAUCGGUGUGAUAGCUUUUGUGUGCUUGUGAGUACUUGUGUGGGUGUGCGGGUGUCGUGCGCACUUGUGUAUUUGUAAGCGAAAAUCAAUUUUAAUUGUUUAUUUAUUUGUGCAUAUGUAUUUUUCACAUUAUUUUUAGCAAAGAGAAAAGCGUCGUUGAAUGGAUAUUGCAUAAAAUUCAAAACUAUUUUUAGCAUAAAUAAGUAAACUAAAUUCGAUAAACUCUACAUUUAAUUAGCCAAUAAGUCGUACCUAGUCGUAGCGUAGCUAAGCAAAUAAGCAAUUAAGUAAAUUAAAAAUCGAGCAUUAAAGAGCAUAAAAUAACAAAACGAAUCCCGCACAGUCUGCCGCAAGGCAACUCGGUUCGUAGAAGCGCGAAAUUCUGAACUAAAUUUAGUUGGAUGUAGCUCGAAACGAGACAUCACACAUUUUUAAAGCCACACACAUUUUUACGAGUACUAUCGACACACAACAUACAUACACUCCCACAUUUAAACACACCACACACAAAUAUUUAUAUUAUUAUAUAUCGAGCAUAUAUAUACAUAGAGUACGUAUUUAUAAGAUUGCAGCUAGUAAAAUCACAUACUACCAACAAAUACUCGUGCUAUAUAAAACAAUUUCAAUUAAAAACACUCUCACAGACAAACGGAACAACAAUAAUUCUACGAGUAAAAACUAAAGCCCAUUCCCAUUGGUGUUUUGUGAGCACUUUGUUUGUAUAAUUUGGAUCACUUCGAAUCAGUUAAAUUUGAGAAUUAUUGAGAAUUAUACGAGUGCGUAUACAAGUCCAUUUUCACAUUCUAUUCUUCCGUUCGGUUUGAUGGGAUUUUCAAUUUAUAUCUCCUCAGAGGAGAGCUGUGUAGCUCUGAAGUGCCGACUCAUUAUGCAUUCAGCGGAGCAUUCCAAACCUUUGGCAAGUUCAAUUUAAAAUAAAAACUUUUUAAUUACUUUCAACGGGUUGGGGGGCAUUCCUACAGCCUUUCUGAAGUGCCACACAGAGAACACCUUCAAUUUAAAUGCCAAAGCCAACGAAACUUGCCACAAGGUUGGCGGUUGCCCCCCACACCCCACACCACUCUCCCUACUAUUUCUGCAUUUUUAAUUGAUUUUGGAAAAGUUUUUGCCACUAGAGCAACAAGAACAGUAAACAUUAACCAAAUGCGAAUGGCCUCCGAGCGGUGUGGGACUUCGGGGGCAAUACCGCGAGGCAUGCAACAAAUUAAAUUCGGAAUGCAAUUUGCAUUUGUAUAAGGCUCUGAGCCUGCACGUGUGUGUGUGUGUAGUUAAUAAAAAGCGAAAAGUAAACGAAAACGAAAGCGCACACAAUCCGAGAAAAUACACAAAACUUAGCAACCACCAUAAAUGAAAACUGCUGAAACUAUUAGCCACGAAUGCCGCGAGAACGAACGACAACGACAACGGCAGCACAGGGCGCCCUGCCAGGACGAAAAGCGAGGCAUUAUUGUGUGCGUGCGAAUGUGGGCUGGCAAAAGUUUAAUUAAAAUUCCUAAUCGAAAAUAUUCAGCAUUUGUGAAUGUGAAUUAAUUAAAAUAGUUUUCCAAGCAAACGAUUGUGCCACAGUUGGGCGUAGAGAGUGGGAGAAAGUGCAACACUGGGGAGGGGAAAGAUAUUUUAUAUACGAGUGCGAGUACGCAUACGUACUGGCUAGGUUCUGACACAAGGAAUUCUCUUUUCCAAAUCUAAACGUCACAGAGAUGGUGCAACUUUCAGGGAAAUCAAGAUUCCAUCCAAAUGUAGGGAAUUUCUUGACCGCAAACUAUUCAAAUUACAUAAACAAAGUCGCUCAUACCCAAAAACAAGCAAAGAAAAAACUACACCAAACUGAAAAAAUUAAGAAACAAGGCAAAAAAAAGGAAGUGUGACUCAAAACGAUGGGAAAAAUUUAAAUAGAGAAAUGCCAAGUUGGGUGUAUUAAAUGUAAAGUGCAUAAAAAUCAACAGUUAACAUUUUUUAAAUACUUAGCAAUUAAACUAAACGUAACAUAAAUGUAAUAAAAUAAAUAAACAACAACAAAUAUCAUAAAUGAAGUAAUUUAAUGCGAAUGCGAAUGCAACAACUCAAGCGAAACGAAACAAAGGUCACACUUAAAUUUAAAUGGUGGAAAACUGAAAGAAAACUGCAACAAAAAAGAUACGACACUAUUAAAUUAAUACAAAGAAAACAUCAGCUCCACACACUCGGCAUUAUAAUUGUGCAUCAAAUAUUAAAAGUAUUAAACUGAGCUUAUAAAAUUUAAACAAAAUAUAAAAAAAAACACACAAAUGCCAGCGCAAAUUGGACACAAAAAAAAGGGGAAAAAAGUCUCGACAUCCGUUUUGAAAAACAUACCGUAUAAUAAAAAGUCUGAAAAAAAUAUAUAGAAAACAGAACACCACACACGAUAGCACCUACUAGUAUACAUACGAAUAUAUGUACAUAUGUGCAUGUGUAUGUGUAUGAAUAUAAUGGAAAACUGAAUAACCACUAAUAAAAAGCAUCAGCGGUAACAAAAACGAAAUAAAUAAACCAAAAAAUUGCUACCAGAGGAAAGCAAUUGGGAAUAAAUGGAACAAAUUGAAGUUCGAGUGCGAAGAAAAUCCAUAAAAAAUAUACAUAUAGUUUAAAGCCGAGCACUCAACCACUCCCAACAAUUAUGCAAAAAGGGGAAUGCAUUCUAUUCAUUUUUUGUUUUUUGUAAUUACAUAUAUUGGGUAAAUGAUAAAAUAAAGGUUUAUUUUGGUGUGUUCUUGUAAAUAUUUAAAACAAAAUAUUUAUGUAGUGGAAUUUGCUUUUCUACCACAUUGUAUUUAUUUAAAUUUGGAUAAUUCCUACAGUUUUGGUGUUAUUUUUUUCUCUGUGUUUAGGCUAAAGCAUUUUUUUUAUUCAAACCAAUUUCAAGCUUAACAAAUUUGUUUGUUAUAGUUUUAGACAAUCAGCUAUUAAAGUAUUUAAACAAUAAAGCAAAAAAAGAAGAAAACAAAGAACUAAUGACAAGUAAAUGGCGUAACUUUUCUGUGAAUAAAUUUAACUAAUGAAACCCAAAAAGGAUUAAUGCAUAUUUAAACUGAAAAUGUGCAUGACAAAGGAGAAGGAGAAGAACAAAGGCAAAAUUCAUUUCAAACAAAACAGAAAACCAUUUUUGUAAAUUAUUUCACUUGGGAAAAUCGACACGCUAAAGCAAAAACCAAAAUAAAUAGAGAGAUAAAUUUAAACACAUUUUACUGAAUAAUGAAAAACAAAACACAACAACACACGCUAAGACGUAGGAGAAGGGACACACACGAAGGACAGAAUCGAAUUAAAGUCAAAUACAUAGACGUGUAUAUGCUCUCAUUGGUUGUGUUUUUAGGUUAUAAACAAAUAGGUUUGGCCCAGUGUGUGUGCGUGUGUGCCGCGUGUGUGUGUGGAGGAGAGGCGGAGAGACACAACACAAACACACUCACCGCACGGACAAGCAGACAGACAAACAAUCGUUAAUUCAAUCAAUCAUUCAGUCAAUCGUUGAGUCGGACCAUCGACCGCUCGGUUUGGGUCCGACUCGUAGUUGUACAGUUCAUUUCCACAUUAAUUCAUUGAAAUAUUAAUUAAUAAAUUAAUUAUAAAUUAAGUUUAGCCUAUCGAAAACCCGAGGGAGUAAUCCCGCUUAAGUGUAAAUUAUGCUAAUAAUGUCAAACAUUUUGAAUUUGCCUUUUUAAACGUGUUUUUGCUUUUCACAGUCUUUUAGGUUUCUAGCUAAAUAUUUAGUCUGCUUGAUAUACAACAAAAAAAUUUCAAAAAUUUAAACAAACAAAAACAAAUAGGUAUAAAUGAGAAGAAACCAUGUAAUUUAAAUACUGCCACAAACAAGACGAAAUGAAAUGCAAAAAGUACAUAUAAAAUAUAUAUACAAUUAUUGUAUCUCUAUCUGUAUCUGUACAUGAUACAUUUAUGAGUAAUAAAUGAUAUACGGACUAGUUAAGUGCAAAACAUUUUUGAAGCGUGUCCACAUCCAAGCACUCGAUAGAUCCGAUGUGGAGUAGCACAUACAUCUAGUAUAAAGAUAUACUUAGGCGCAGCAAAUCAACUACUCAGUAAGCUAGGAACCUGCAAGAGGGUGCUCGAAGUUAACAUUGUGGCUAAGUACUAACUAAAUAGGAAAACCGCAAGCAAAAACCAAUCUCUGUAUAUAGUAAAAAACUAUCCAACACCAACACCAACAAUACACACACAGCAAAUGAAAACACAGAUGCAAAACAUCCAUGGUUGAAGCAUUUCAUUCUUGUAUACAUACUCGUACUCGUACUCGUAAGAUCCAUCGGUGAUCUUCGAUCGAUCAUUCAGCAAGCAACUAGAAUUUAUUUGCAGUACAAUUCAUUUCCCCGAUUACAGUUAAAGCAAACAACGAAAUUGUGUACACAUAAAAUUGAUAGAGGAUAAAGCAUUAGAUAAAGCACAGGGAAGCCCUUGGCGAAAAAUGGUCGUUGGAAACUACCAGUAGUUGAAGGAGGAUGUAAUGCCCUUUCUGAAGAGAUACCUUCAACGCGUAUAGCAUGCACUUGCCACUGACUUCGCCAAGGGCAUUCGAUCGAACCACAAACGUGUUUCAUUUUAGCCAAAAACAAUUUUUAAGGCCACCACACACUUAGCACUAACAGUAAUCAUAAUUAGUUAAACGAGAAAUAGUUAUUAAACGAAAUAUAUUAAACCAAGCGAAUGAGAAACAAAAAAAAACUUAUGGUGUAAUCAAGAAAUUGACGUAUUUGAUAUAUAUGCGGCUUGACCCUGAGAUUCAAAAAACAUAAAAUCGUAUGUCUUCCAAUCAAAGGUCGUCUUUUGUAGCAAACACAACAAGAAUCAAAGUCUGCGUAUUGCUAAAGAAAAACCAAAAACCAACAGCAGUCAGAACAACUCAGAAAAAUUGGAAGCCGCUGUGGAGCUGGUAGGAUAAUGCAGAAAUGCGGAUCAAAAAGAAGAAAAUGAACACACAAACACAACUGUACCAUCCACCCACACAUUAACACGCUUACACAGAUACAGCAACACUCACAUGCCACUGCACUGCAAAUUCAUGUAUGCCCAUAACAUUUGCAUACCUUUAGGGGUCAGCAGCCUAUAGGGGUCGAAGCAUAUAACACUUUAGGCCACUGUGACUCUCACCUUCUCUCGCCCUAUGAUACACUCUUCAGUUACCCAGCAACUAAUCAAGUACCUGACAAUAGAUGAAUUACACCUUUUCUAGAAUUCUCCAUCAGCUUCAUCAACUUCUCCUCCCUAGAACCAGGCUAAAACCGAAGCUCGUCUUGUACAUACAAAUGACAAAUCUUUCAUCCGAUUUGGCUAGCCAAUUUGCGUAAAGAAACAACAAAAGCAUACAUAUAAAUUAAUUAUAUUAAAAACGGUUUCAACAACAGCAAAAAAAAACAAAAACUAAAACAAAUUUCGACACUCACACAGAUACAAGUACUAACAGGCACACACUCAAGUCCGAGCAGCAAUAGGCACCUCAUGCCCCUACCGUCAGCACGAUUAAUGACAGCAAAUGCAAUUAAACGAAUUUGAAAUGUUUUUCCUGUAUGAUCGAGCAGUGACACACGACUUUUGUAAAAUAUUUCUGAACAAAAAACAGACAUAGGAAUACGUAAGCCCUAUUUGAGGACCUCUCAUUCCCAGCAUCUAGUUCCAGCAGUAGAGUUUUUCGAUGAAUUUUCAAAAACUUCACAGUUUUGCAAGCAGCACCAGACACACCAAACACAGAUACACAUCCACUCAACCACACACACCGCACAGACACACACACAUAGAGCCAACACCCAACAAUCAAAGUACUCAAGUAGCUAAUGUUCGUAUUUAUGCAUCUGUGUGAAUGGCAUUUGCAUGUGCGUGUGUGUGCGAUCGAGCAGGCAGGAAACGGAAAUCAAAUGUAUAAAUUCAUAAACUGUAAGCCACUCGAGUAUAUUAACGACAAACAACAACUAUAUACAUAUACGCGUACGUACGAGUAUAUAGUAUAUAUACGGGUAUUUAUAUAGACAUAGAUACUAUACAUAUACACGGGUAUGUAUAUUUUUUGUAUUAACUGCUAGGUGCCGCUAGAUGUAAGCGCUUCCGUUGCAACUUUUUGUGUAUUGUACAUUUUUCUUUCGAUUCGUUCAAGUGCAAAAGAAACGUAAAAACAAAAACCAAAAAAAAAAAAAACAAUUUUAGCAUCAAGAUUUUUAACUUAUAAAAAGCAAACAAAAAGGUAAAUCUUAAAAAAUCUUGCAACUCACUGGGGAAAACAACACCACAACAAUUAAAUGUAAAAGAUAAAAGAUACGACUUAAAUGCCCAAAGGCAGGUCAGGAAGCAUAUGUAACUAACUAAUAUUUGCUCAGACAAAAAGGAAUAGCAAAAAAAAAAAAAC